UUUUCAAACACCUUUUUCCCCUGCUGCAAAAAAAAUGUCUGCUCCGCUGCCUCAAGGAUGGGAAGCCCGUCAAGCUCCCGAUGGUCGGUACUACUAUAUCGAUCAUAACAAUCACACCACUACGUGGGAGGAUCCACGAGCGAAAUUUGGAGGAGCUCCUCCACCACCACCCGGUUACCCUCCUCAACAACAACAGCAACGCGGAUACCCGCCACCACAACAGCAAGGCGGUUAUCCACCGCAACAGGGCUACCCACCACAGCAAGGUUAUCCGCCACAACAGGGAGGAUACCCACCACAGCAGGGAGGAUAUCCACCUCAAGGAGGAUAUCAAGGCUACCCACCGCAACAGGGCUACCCUCCCCAACAAGGUGGUUAUCCGCCGCAGCCGCCGCAAGGUAGCUACCCCGGCCAACAGCAGCGUGGCUACCAGGGCUAUCCUCCGCAAGGUGGUCAGUACCGGCCGCCUCCACAGCAGGGCAGCUAUCCUGGCCAGCAACAGCAGCAACACAAGUCUGGAGGCAUGUCUACUGGCAUGAAAGUCGCAGCCGGUGCCGCUGCCGCUGGUCUGGCAGGUUACGGUAUCGCUGAACUCGUCAACCACGAGCAAGAGCAAAGUGAUCAACUUGAGGAGCUGCAGCGCCAAAACGAGGAGUUGGAGCGACAACAAGAGCAGCUUGAGCACCAGCAACAACAACAAGAAUACUACCAGCAGCCUCCACCCGAGCCGGAAUCGUACCCACCUGCCGACUCAUAUCCACCUGCCGACUCGUAUCCACCACCUUCUGACUAUGAUGAUGGCAACAACACAACCAUUAUCAACAAUGAGGAUGGAGAUCAAACGAUCAUCCAGCAAAAUGAGAACGGCGAGACCACUAUUAUCGAACGGGAAGAAGGAUUCUUCGGCGACGAUGUGACGGUUACCCACAUUGAUCAAGACGGUGAAGUUACUACGGAGGAGCAAGACGAAGGAUGGUUCUAAGUCCAAAAUCAGCAACCCUUAAUAACGUGUUGAGCAAAAAUUAUAUACUGUCUAACCCACACAUAGUACACAAAGAAUAUUGCAUACCUAUUAAAAAAAGCACACAAUGUUUGUUCUAAG